AGUAUCUGGGACAACAAAAGAUUAGCAUUAUUCGCAAAUAUACAACCGAGUUCAAAGGCAGCGCGGAGCAGACGCCGUCUCUCUCUUCCUGCUUUUGUCUCGGAGACGAGUUUGGAUCAGGCCGCUCUCCGGCCACGAGGAUCAAAAUGCGUCCGUGAAAAAUAAGAUUAAAAAAAACAACAAAUGAGUACGACAUCUGUGAAAGUACCUAAAUAAAACAUUUUUUAAAAAUACGGCCCAUCUGAAGUUUAUUGCUUAUACUUUGCUCUUUAUGUCAUUUCCCCUAUUUUAUUUAAUUAUUUUCGGUAACGCUUUAUUUAAGGUGUCUUUGUUACAUAACAUUAUGCAAGUAAUCCUAAACUAAACCCAAUUUUAAUGAGUACACGUAUUAACACACGUUAAAUAAUAUGUCACUUUAAAAAAUAAAGCGUAGAUAUUUUUUUACACGCUUUUUUAUAUUGGCUGUGGUCUAUCAAACACUUCGACGCUUUGUAACGGGCCUCUAUGGAUGUCAAUAAUACUUUCCGUGUCGCGGGGCCGUAUUAUCGGGCGCUAUUAGGGCGCGAUGGGCCUGGUCCUGCGCGGCGGGUCACGCCCCGUGACAGCGGGAGCUCCGCGUAUCGGCCCUUUAAAAAGAGCCCGGCGCGUCAAAGGCCAGACCGAGACGCGCCGUCGAAGCAUCGCGACCCGACGGGAUUUAGUGAUUUGGGACCUGUAUUGAUUUGAUCGGAACUAUGUCCUCCUCGAGCCCCGACCAGCGCCUGGACCACCUCCUGAGCGCCGUGGAGAGCGAGUUUCAGAAGGGCAGCGAGAAGGGCGACGCGUCCGAGCGGGAUAUUAAACUCUCCCUGGAAGACGCGGAGCUGUGGGGCAAAUUUAAAGAGCUCACCAACGAAAUGAUUGUCACUAAGACCGGGAGGCGAAUGUUUCCCGUGCUCCGAGCCAGUGUCUCCGGCCUGGACCCCAACGCCAUGUACUCGGUCCUGCUGGACUUCGUGGCCGCCGAUAAUAAUCGGUGGAAGUACGUGAACGGUGAAUGGGUGCCGGGGGGGAAACCUGAACCGCAGAGCCCGAGCUGUGUGUACAUCCACCCAGACUCACCCAACUUCGGCGCACACUGGAUGAAAGCCCCCGUCUCCUUCAGCAAAGUCAAACUCUCCAAUAAACUCAACGGAGGGGGACAGAUUAUGUUGAACUCUCUGCACAAAUACGAACCCAGGAUUCAUAUAGUGAAAGUCGGCGGGAUCCAGAAAAUGAUCAGCAGCCAGUCUUUUCCCGAGACCCAGUUUAUUGCGGUCACAGCUUAUCAGAACGAAGAGAUCACAGCUCUGAAGAUCAAGCACAACCCGUUUGCCAAAGCCUUCCUGGACGCCAAAGAAAGAAGCGACCACAAGGAAGUCCCAGACCACAGCACUGACAACCAGCAAUCUGGAUACUCGCAACUUGGUGGCUGGUUCCUGCCCAGUAAUGGCCCCAUGGGCCCCAGCAGCAGCCCUCCUCAGUUCAAUGGGGCCCCCGUUCACUCCUCUGGCUCGUACUGUGAGAGAUACUCCAGCCUGAGGAACCACAGAGCUGCUCCGUAUCCCAGCCAUUACCCCCACCGCAGCACUACCAGCAAUAACUACAUGGACAAUUCUUCAGGAAGUCUUGCUACUCACGACAGCUGGUCGGCCCUGCAGAUACCCAACUCCAGCGGCAUGGGCACCCUGGCCCACACCACGAACACCACCUCCAACACCAGCCAGUACCCAAGCCUGUGGUCCGUCGCCGGGACGACCCUCACGCCCUCCGGCUCGGCAUCGGGGUCCAUCACGGGCGGCCUGACGUCUCAGUUCCUGCGCGGUUCCUCGGUGUCCUACUCGGGGCUGACCUCCUCCCUGCCCGUGUCCUCUCCCUCCUCGAUGUACGACCCGGGCCUGAGCGAGGUCGGCGUCGGAGACGCUCAGUUUGAGAGCUCCAUCGCCAGGCUCACGGCGUCCUGGGCUCCCGUGGCUCAGAGCUACUGAGAUCCAUCACACUGUGACUCUCACGACUUGAUCCGAGGGGAAGAUCCUGCGAACGCUGGUCAGAAGCCUGCUCCCAGAGGGAAUGCAGAAGCACCUCUCUGUCGUUUCGACAAUCAGAAGGACCGAGCGAAAGAAACGGGUUGAUUUUCUGAAUUCUGUAUCUGUAUGGUGUCAUGGCACGAAGCAACGAUGAGAGACGAUCAAUCAAUCGUAGAGUAUCUAUAUUUGCAAAAACUGUUAGCCAUAAGAAUGAGGCCAAUUAUGGUGUUUAUUGUUCUUAAUAAUGUUAUCUAAAAGAUUAAUAAGACCAAAUCGUGCUGUUGACUCACUAAAAUGUAUAUGUGUGUAAAUAAAUAGAAAUUAACGCCCAUUUUCGUAGUUUUACAGUAUGUUACAGUAACAGUGCUUUCUGUAGAGCUGGGGAAAGAUGGACUUUGCUGUUUAGUUUGGAAACAUAAAUCAUUUGUACAUAUCUAUCUAUUUGUAUUUGUUGGACUCUUUAUGAGUUUUAUUUAUGUCAUUUUAAUAAUAAAUUAAAGUUGUUUUUUUCUGUCAAACCAUUUGUCUGUAGUCUUUCCUGUCCUUUUUGUAACACGGAUAUAAUUAUUGUACGUCAAUUAAGUAUUUACUAAAACUGAACAUUUAUUACUAAUUUAACCUUGAAACAGGUUUUUUUUUUUUUUUUUUAAGAAAUCAAUAGCGAUUCAGCAACAAUUAAUGAAUUUAAAAAAAUAUCUCUUAAAUAAAUGAUAGUUUAUGUUAUUAAUUAAUAUUAUGUAAUGUUAAUAACUAAUAAAUUUUUUCCUAUGUGCCAAGCAGGAGAUUGUACUAAACCUUGUAUUUUCUUAAAUAUAUUAUUUAAAUGUGGCUUGUUCAAAUUAUUCCAUUUAAAAAUCUUGGCAUCGUAAAGAUCUUUAAACUAAAAUAUCAUAAUUGUCAGUUUAUUAAAUGGUCAUUUCCGUUGAAAAGGCUUAGUACUAAAUUAGUACUAAAAUACAGGUAUUAAAUAAACACGUUUGAGCCGUUAUUCUUUCUGAACUAUGCAUCAAACAUCGUUUUUAUUUCUUCAGGUUUUCUUAUAGUUCUAUUAUUUCAUCUUCAUAGACACAGAUCUUGUUAAAAUAUUCGUUUCAGUAAUGCAUAAGUUGAGUUGUGUUAUAGAUAGACUGUGAUAGGUCUGCAGAUCAAGAGAAAAUCAAGAGGAAAAAGAGAAAGAAUCAAGAACAAAACCCAAAUGACUCGACUUCGGUGAGAAAUCUGUGAGACAACAGUAACAAUUAUAAUAAUAUGUCAUAUAAUAACAGCAAGUGACACAUUCAAUAUGAUAUUAAUGCUGCACACAAUUGCAUUUUUAAUAUUUUUCAUAUUUGUGUCAUACUUUUUUGUAUAUUGGUAAUUAUUAUUAUUAUUAUUAUAUUAUUAUCCAUUUAAUUACUAGUGAAAAUUAAAACAACAAAAAUAUGCUUCUAUUACACCUACUGCUACCACUACUUAUUUUAUUAGUAAUAAUUAUACAAUAUUGUUUUAUUUUAAUAUUAUUAAUACAAAAUCAAUAUUAAUACUACUACUACUACUACUGUACAAUCCAUUCUAGAGAAAUCAUUUGUACAUAUCUAAUUUGUUACACUAUUAAUGAGUUUAAUGUCAUUUUAAUAAUAAAGUUUUUUCUGUCAAACAUUUAUCA